AUGGCGCCCAAACCUUCAGGUCCUGCAGGGGGCAAUGCAUCGCCUAGCGGACCCAAACCCUCAUCAAAGGGAAAACAAAGUGGUGUGCCAGAUUUCAAGGCCCUGCAGCUUGAGUCGGAGUUUAAGAGCAAGCACUUCGGUGUGCUGGGUGUAUUAACAUGGAUAUUGUUAUUACAUCUUGCUGGUAUCUAUCUCUUCACCAAGGGUUUCCUUCUUACGCGCAUGGUACUGGAUAACAAAUCCUCAUGUGAUGUUCUCCCUUUCGACGGCUCGAACAACCAAGUCGCUACAAAUACAAACGGAAAAGGGUGCUGGCAUGAGAAAUCAUUCGACAAGGCCGUUGUUAUCAUUAUUGACGCUCUCCGAUACGACUUUACGGUGCCUUUCGCCUCGCAAGAUGAAAGCGAAGAAGCUCACCUCUUCCACGACAACAUUCCGGUUCUCUACGAAAUGGCUGUCAAGAACCCCGCUAAUGCGUUCUUGUUGCCCUUCAUCGCCGAUCCACCGACUACGACCCUGCAGCGCCUGAAGGGCUUGACUACCGGCACACUGCCUACUUUCAUUGAUGCGGGCUCCAACUUCGCCGGGACUGCCAUCGAUGAGGACAAUCUGGUUGCACAAUUGCACAGCGCCGGGAAGACACUAGUCCAGCUUGGCGACGAUACUUGGCAAUCGUUGUUUCCUGGGUACUUUGAUGAGAACCUCACCCAUCCAUACGACUCGUUCAACGUGUGGGAUCUACACACCGUUGACAAUGGCGUCAAUGAGCACCUAUUCCCACUCCUUCGUCCCGAGAACAAGGGGAAGUGGGACGUGAUCUUUGGACAUUAUCUCGGUGUUGAUCAUGCCGGCCACCGCUAUGGACCCAACCACGCUGCCAUGGCUGGUAAGCUCCAGGAGAUGGACAAGGUCAUUCGCAAUAUCAUCGCCUCCCUAGAUGAUGAUACCCUUUUGGUAGUCAUGGGCGAUCACGGAAUGGAUAUCAAGGGUGACCACGGUGGCGAGUCAGACGACGAAGUCGAAGCGGCUUUGUGGAUGUACUCUAAACGAGGAAUCUUUGGACGUACCAGUAAGGAGACUUUGCUUCCACCUAAGCAUGCUCGAGAGCGUCCUGUCCCUCAGAUAGACCUUGUUCCCACUCUAUCUCUUCUCCUGGGCAUGCCGGUCCCGUUCAACAACCUGGGUUCUCCCAUUGAGGAAGCCUUUGCGGGAUCGAGUGGUAACGACUGGGCUAAUUUGCUGGCUGUUAACCGGUUGACAGCGGCACAGAUCAAGAGAUACCAGCAUGAAUACACUACCACCCACGGGGCAGGUGACGACGAUGAGUCGUUGGAUCUUUGGUCUGCUGCGGAUGCAGAGUGGAAGUCUUCCUCUAAGGGCUUCACUUCGAAGUCAACUAACGUACGGGCUAGCUAUGACCUUUACCGCAAGUACCAGCGACACACCCUGGACAUUUGUCGCGGACUUUGGGCCCGCUUCGAUGUUCCCAGCAUGAUCCAAGGUGUCGUGCUCCUUCUUGGUGGCAUUGCUUUGCUGGUUCUGUAUGCUCGUGGCAUGAAAGCAGACCGGACUGAUCUCACUUCCAAACUUUUGUCAUCUGUUGGUAUUGGAUCUGGUGUGGGCGCGGCGGCCGGUACCGUCUUGGCUUUGUCUGGCCUCACUGACAUGGGAGCGAUUGACCUGGCCAUAUUGGCCGCUGCUAGUGGAAGCAUGAUUGGUGGACUUCUCGCCCUAGUUAGGAAGUCGGCGCAGUUGACUGUGCCCCUUCCCACUGGCAUGUGGGGAUGGCUUGCCUUCUUCUUCACUGUGUCCCAGUCUAUUGGAUUCGCAUCGAACUCCUAUACCAUCUGGGAGGAUGAAAUCCUGCUUUUCUUCCUCACAACCUUUGGUGUGUGCGCUGGUAUCUCGUCUAUGCGCCAGAAAUCGACGCCCGACCGAGUUCUGGGCGUAUACCAUUCGCUUCUCUUUGUUAUCUUGGGCCGCGUUGCAUCUUUCUCCCGUCUGUGUCGUGAAGAGCAGAUGCCUUUCUGCCGCUCAACCUACUACGCUUCUUCAACCUCGUCCACCUCAGCCCCUUGGCAGCUCGUCAUCCCCUUUGUGGUCAUGCUAUUCCUUCCUAGUGUCGUGCGGUCCUUCUAUAUUGGCUCCAAGUCAUACGAAGAUAACGCUACCUUGUGGAUUGGUUUCGCUUUCCGCUUCGGUCUUUUCAUUACCUCGGUCUUUUGGAUGCUCGAAGGUGCCGACGAUGGCGAAUGGCUCCCGCUGAGCAAGGAAACCUUGAAAUCACUCCGCGUAUUCCUUGCCCAGUUGGUGCUUGCUCUGGCGUUCGCUGCAGGAACAGCUGCAUUCCUCUAUGCCAAGCCCUGUGUCAGCAUCAGCGUGAGCCAACCCCAAGAAGACCCGAACGCGCCCCCAACUCCCUACAUCGUCGGCCAGGAGCAGAAGCCCCGUACAACCGUGACCGUCCUCGGCUUCGGCAACAUGUACGGCACUCGCUUCUUCUUCAUGGUGAUCAAUUUUGCCCUCGCCAUCAUCCUCAUGUCUAAGCCUAUGGGCCAAGGCGCACUCGCCCUGCUCCUCUGGCAAAUUCUCUCCCUCCUCGAGAUCCUCGACACAAAUGCCCUCACUCUCACCAACUCCCCCAUUGGGCCCGUCAUACUCGGCGUCCUAGGAUCAUUCUAUUUCUUCAAAACAGGCCACCAAGCCACCCUUAGCAGCAUCCAAUGGGAAACCGCCUUCAUCCCCCUCUCUACAAUCCAAUAUCCCUGGUCCCCACUGCUGGUCAUCCUCAACACCUUUGGCGCUCAGAUCCUCGCCGCCCUUGCCGUCCCACUCACCGUCCUCUGGAAACGGCCUUUGCAAACACAUGACCGUGUCUCUUCUUCCUCUUCUACUACUAAACCCGCAAACCCGGCAACAAAGCUUCUCUCAGACGUCAUACAGGCAGUCUCUACCCACGUCCUCUACUUGGCUACUAUCAACGUUGCCACCACCAUGUGGGCUGGUCACCUCCGUCGCCACCUAAUGCUCUACCGCAUCUUCAGCCCCCGUUGGAUGAUGGGUUCUAUUGUCUUGGGUGUUAUUGAUGUAGUCCUUUUGGUAUUUGCUGUUCCUGGUGUGCGAUUUAGCACUGUCAGCGUUGGUGAAAUCUUUGGCUGGUGA